AUGGCUUUCAUCCACAGAGAUAUUUGGUCUCUUGGCUGUGUCCUCUAUGAGCUGUGCACUUUAAAGCAUCCGUUUGAAGGCAGCAGUUUACACCAGCUGGUGCUGAACAUCUGCAGAGGACAUUUUAUCCCAGUGUCUCCAAAGUAUUCCUAUGACCUGAGGAUUUUAAUUUCCCAGCUGUUUAAAAUAUCUCCAAGAGAUCGACCAUCUAUCAAUUCCAUAUUAAAGAAGCCCUUCUUGGAGAAGCGCAUUACCAACUACUUGCCCCCUGAAGUAAUACAUGAAGAAUUCAGUCACACUGUUAUACAUAAAAAAAGACCAGCAGCACAGCCUGUAGCCAAGCUGGUGCAGGUUCCUAAACUUCAAAAAGUGAGAGUCCAGGACCGUCGUCCUCCAAGGUCCAGGAUGGUGGCACCUGUCAAGAAACAGGAAUUAUUACAUAGUAAUGAAUGGAAACCUCCUUCAAGAGUCCAGCAGCCUAUUGCCCAGCAUUGGCGCUCCAGAUUUAAGAUGGCAGAAAGGCCAGAAGCUGCCAGAGUACAUGGACAUUAUGGUCAUUACUAUGAUAAACUUGACAACUUGCAGAAGAGACUUUAUGUACAAGAUGACCUUUCUCGCAUCAACCAAAGUGUCGAGGAGUAUUAUAAACAGAAAGGACAAGUUGCACCACCCCCACCUGAGUGGCCUGCAGAGUAUCUUCAAAGACAGCUUGAAGCCCAGCAGUACAAGAUGAAAGUUGAAAAGCAGUUGGGUCUACGACCAUCCUCUGCUGACCCAAGUCACAACCAGAUCCAGCCGCAGGAAGUGAUAGAAGAGCAGCUCAAAAACCAUCAGAGGGAUCUGGCUAGAAGGAAUGAAAUGAAAGAAGAGGAAUACCUGAAACAAUUACAGAAAAUUCGGCAACAGUACCACAGUGAUGUAAAAGAACUUAGAUUCAAAGCAGGAGCAUUGCAGGAGAAUCCACAAAUAAAAGACAAAACCUAUCUUGUGAAACAUGGGAAAGCUGGGGGCCAGCCCAAUCCAAAAGAUACUCUUGGAAGAAGAGAAGAACCAGUCCAGGAUAUUGAAGAAAACUUAAAACAUAUCAGACUACAGAACUGGCAAGAGAGAAGAGUCCUGGAAAAGAAAUGUAAAACAAAGGGAGGAGUAAAAUUUGAAAUUAAUUUAGAUGCAUGUGUUCCUGAGGAAGAUACUGUGCAAGAAGAGGAACUAGAUAAACUUAAUGAGACGUUAACUUUUGAGGAUGGUGAGACUCUUAAGGAGAAAUGGCUGAAGAUCUAUGAAGAUCACACACAAAAAACUUUGGAAGAACUAUGCUCUCUGGAAGCAGAGGCUGGCAAUAUAGAUAAUGCCAUGGAAAUCAGAAAACAAUGGCAAGCUGGAGCCCCACAGACUCUCCUGGAUUUUCUAGCUGAGGCAGAUGUCACAUCUGUCUGCCCUACAAUGGCUGAAAGUGAACUUGCUGGCCAGGUGGUUGUCACGCCUGAAGAAACACCAGAAAACAGGAAACAGUGGAAACAAGAAGCACCCAGGACACUGCUGAGUAUCUUAGCGAAAGCAGAACUGUCUAAUGACUCCUUCACCUGGACUGAAGAGGAAUCUGAGGGGACAUUAUCACCCUGGCUGCCAAAAGAGAAUAAGGAAGAUAAUGCAGAAACAGGCUCCACUAUCGAUACCGAUGAAAACAGACUUGAGCCAAGAUCUGAUGAUGAUGACACGAACUUUGAAGAAUCUGAAGAUGAACUGAGGGAUGAGCUGGUGGAAUCACUAGAAAAAGUGGUAACUUGUCUGGGAGAGGAAGACAGAGAGAUGCCAAUCCAGUCAGCAAACAAAGACAAACCAGAAGAAGAGAGAGAAAGCUUAGCUAGUAAAAUACCUGGGAAACCUAUUGAGGUUUUAGACAAUAACACUGAUCCACUUACUGCUGACAUAUGUAAUGGAGAAGGCAGGCAGAAAGCAGCAAUCAGCUAAAAUAGGAGGUUGACUGCUGCUUCAAGACUUUCCUAAGUUGCUGGAAGAUAGAGCCAUAGCAGGGCCAAUAUUUUAAAAACAGGUGUCUAAAGUUAGGUUCCUCAAUCCAUAUUUAGGCACCUGAAGAAGUGCUGAGCACUCAUUUGAAACAAGUGGGAGCUGCUUGGCAUGCUGCACUUUCAACAUUCAGGCUACUUAUUCAAGUGGCUAAAAUUAAUCCCUUUUUAAAAAAUCUGUGGCGAAAAUGAAAAGCAAACUCAGCUCCUGCUUAUAUCUUUACUCAUCUACACUGCCUCUCUCUUCAUCCACUCUUUAGUACAUUCCUGACUUUGUGCUUUUCUCUGUUCCAUGUCAGAAGUGGACUCUUCCAGUUACACACCUACUCCCCUACCUCUCUUCCCCCAAAUCUGUCUGUUUGGUGAAGCUUUCCAGUCAUUAUAUGUUGUCCUGUACAGCUUGUAGCUCCUUCUAGUAAGCCAUUAAGAGACAGGAACCCAUAGUUUGACUUGCACAGCUCUUAUUUUGUAUCGCACCAUGUACACUUCUAUAAUUAAUAAUAGCAGCAAAGUUUACUAGUACCACUGGGAUGUUAUGUACCUGAAUUUCUAAUUAGAAGUGCCAUUAUGCAAAAAAAUGACAGCUGGAAGAGGAUAAAACAUGGUAAAGAGUUAUUCCAGCUGUCAUUUUCUCCCCAGUCCUCUCAAAUUUUAGAGGUAAGCUGUCUGGAUAUUAUUUAAAUGGAAGGAACACAAUAAUAAAACUGUUUGAUUUCAGUAGUUCUUGCCUUUCUCUUACUAGCUUUUUUACUUUGCUAAAAUAUAAAAAAAGCCUAUAGUAGACCAUAGCAAACCAACCAUUUUUGUUAAAAGCAGAAGUCUAUUGCUAUAGUGUUUUAACCAUUAGACUACAAUGUUUUAACAUUGCACGAAGCAGUAGUUUAAAGUCCAAAUUUGUGAGCCACUGGAAUAGGCUCUGUCUGAUCAAGUUUUCAAUUUUCUUUAAAAUA